AUGGCCCGCAAGUACUUCUACUUCGACUACGACUACUAUGGAGUAAGCUUUUAUGAGGAAGAAAUAAUAACCGAACCUGAGGAAAGGUUGUGCUACUCAGCAAGCAGUGGCACCUUUGACCAAGGAGUCAUAGAAGCCCUGAAUAAGCUAUGCUGUGAGGGCCACCAGAGCUCUGGAGGCAACCAUAGCUACGAGGGUUAUGCCAUGAAUAACAACAAAGGCACCGAGCAUGGAGAGCUGGAGAUUGCUGGGAACAUGAUCAGAGCCAGUGGCCAGCCAGCAUUCAGAAUUCCUCGGAAGCCAUACAAAUUCACGCCUGGACAGCUGUGGGAACUUCGGGCAGUUUUCGAAGAAACUCAGUACCCAGAUGCUCUCAGACGAAAAGAACUGGCAGAGCUCAUGAAUGUGGAUGAACAGAAAGUGAAGGAUUGGUUUAACAACAAGAGAGCUAAACUGAGGAAGAACCAGAAGAUACUAACAAGUAAGCACUCCGCUUCUAUCAAAGAGAACCCUGCCAUGAAGACUUUGGUGGAGUCCAAGAACAUCAUCAUUCUCCAGGAGCAAGUCGGGGAUGGGCUCUUCUGGUGUCAUGAGAACUCUGACAUCCGUCUGUUCAUUGCCCAUGAACCUCCUGAAGUCUCUGCAGAAGAACAGAUCACGGCACCCUCAGUGCAGCGCCUGAUGCACCCGAAAGGGAAAAGGACAUAG